UCCAUUCAUCUUUCUGAGGAACCUGUCUGGUACUCCUUCCUCAUUUCUGGGACCAUUUAUCAGUUCCAACCUCCCGGAGUCUCUCCAGUUUGUUGCUUUGAAGAAGUUGAGGAAAAUCUUGCAAGACAGAUGGCCGAACCUGCAGAAGGUGCUCCCCUGGCCACUGGGAGUCUGUCGGGCAGCGAAGAAGUCCUUGUUCUUCCUGCAGCACCCAGAGGGGGCUCCAACAGCCGUGCCUUGAAGAUCGCAGGCCUGACCACCCUAGCAUGUCUGCUGCUGGCCAGCCAGGUCUUCACCGCCUACAUGGUGUUUAACCAGAAGCAGCAGAUCCACUCGCUGCAGAGGAACUCAGACAAACUGGGCCGACAGCUGACCCGCUCAUCCCAGGCCGUGGCCCCAGCGAGGAUGCACAUGCCCAUGAACAGUCUUCCCCUGCUGAUGGACUUCGACGCAGAUGCCAACACCAAGCCCAAAAAGACACCCCUGACUAAACUGAAGGAGGCUGUUGUCAGCGUGGAGGCACAGCUGAAGGAGCUCCUUCAGGAGGACUCUCAGCUGCCGGAGUUCAACGAGACCUUCCUGGCCAACCUGCAGGGCAUGAAGCAGCACGUGAAUGAGACCGACUGGAAGAGCUUUGAGUCCUGGAUGCGUUACUGGCUGAUCUUCCAGAUGGCCCAGAAGACGCCUGCUCCCCCAACAGCUGAACCAACCUCUGCACCUCUGACCAAAUGCCAGCAGGAGGCAGCACCCGGACCCUCCAAGAUCGGUUCCUACAAGCCCCAGUGUGACGAGCAGGGCCGCUACAAGCCCAUGCAGUGCUGGCACGCCACCGGCUACUGCUGGUGUGUGGACGAGUUUGGCACUGUCAUCGAGGGCACCCGCAUGCGCGGCCGCCCUGACUGUCAGAGAGCCUCACUGUAUCCUCGCCGCGUGAUGCUUGCACCCAGGCUGAUGCAGAAGACCCUCAGCCUUGAUGAUGAUACAAACUAAUAAAGCACUGGAUGUUUGCUUUCAUCAAGCUUUGCAGAAAUGAGAAACUAGGUAUUUUCAGCUGGGUACAGACAGUUGGUAAUUGCUGUGACUCCCGAUCAGUUAGUGGACUUCCAUGUAAUCUUUUGAUUUUCACCAUUUUGCUGGCUGCUUUAAAUCAAAUCAGUAGAGGCCUGUUACAGUUUAUUGCUUUUAAUUUUUUGUUUCAUAACAGACAAUCUUGGGGUGUUCUCAUUGACAUUUUAAACUAGAUUCAUCAACUACAGUGUAUUAAGGUAUGUGUGUUAAAUGUAUUUGUCUUGAAAGAAAGCUUUAAGGGUCGGUUCACCCAAAUUACAUAAAUACUCCCUCACCUCUACCAGUCUACAGACAUGGAAGUUGUUCAGGUUUGAAGAUAGCGUCUCUGAUUACUCUGCUCCCAACCCACAACAAUGGAAGUAAAUGGAGGUUUGUUUGUGGUGCUCACAGCUUUGACAAAUAUUUAAAAAUAUAACCAGCCAGACUCUUUGCAGAGUCAAUGUCCUGUGUGACUCUGAUAAUCCACAGACCACAGUGGGAACAGUUUUCAUUCGAACUAUUUCUCUGAUAGAAAGUAGUCCCAACAAAAACUGUUGACAGUGAAGUCUGUUGAUUAUUCAGAGUGACAAAGGACAUUGUUUCUGGAAAGAGUCUGACUGUUUACAUUUUUUAAAGUGUUUGUCAAAGCUGUGAGCACCACAGAGAAGCCUCAGUUAAAUAAAACUCAAACUGUGGCAAGAUAUUUAUGACUUUAGUGAGAAAAUAUUGUAUUUUGUUUUGCCUUUUGUAAUUUGGGUGAACCGACCGUUUAAAGCCUGUGAACGUUGGAGGAUGUGACUUUUCUAUGAAGAUGUUUGUGUUAAGAAGGCUAAAUAAAGUUUUCCUAACAACA